AUGAAUACUCCUAUGGCUAAGAUGGUUCUCAGUAUUCGUGCAGCCGUCGUUCCCGCUGCCGCGGCAGUCCUGCUCGCAAGAUCCGGCUCAGCGGCGGUUCUGGAAUUUCCUGUCACAAUUCGCAAUACCUAUGCCUGCAUAGAUAUUUCUGUUGGCACUCCACCCCAGAAUCACGUUCUGGUUUUUGACACGGGUAGUGCCACUUCUUGGAUAGCGAACGAAAAUUGUGUCGACGGAGGAUGUGACAACGUUAGCGGCUAUCCUUGGAAGGCAUAUGAUUCCGAUUCGUCCGUAACCUCAAAGGACUUGGGUAUCUAUGACUCUAUCAGUUAUCUUGGUGGUGGAACUGGCGGAGAGGUUUACAGCGAUAAGUUCUCCCACGAUGGGCUAACUUGGACGCAAACCUUCAUCUCCGCCAACCAGACCUCGAUGGGUUUCAUAGCAGGAGAGGGAUUCUUUGGGUUGGCUUUCUCAUCAAUUGCUGAGGAAGAUACAAAGACAGUAAUGGAAACUUUGAUGCAAGAUCGCCAGGUAGACGUCCCCAGGUUUGGUCUCUACUACGGCACGGAGUUCAAUGAUACUCAUGGUCACCCUGGCAAGGGUGUGCUUACUCUCGGGGACUCUCAUGAGCGCAAGUAUGUGGAUGGCGACGUCGCCUGGGUUCCUGGAAAGAAAGACAGCGGAGUAUACGAGCUCUGGCGAUCAAACCUAAAGACGUUUUACGGAGAGCGCAAGGAUAAUAACGGCAAUAUCCAAAACAAUGGGUCUCUGCAGUAUGACCUCGGCGCGGCAAAUGGUGUUUUCGAUACUGGAGCUGGACUUAUCUACGUCCCAGAUGCCACCAUUGACGCUGUUUAUGAUUCUAUCGGUUGGAAUUAUACUGCCCUUCUACACGGAGACUAUCUCCCAUCCUGCACCGAUAUGAACUCAACAUGGUCAGUCACGUUCACCUUUGAGAGUGACGAGAGUUCUGAUUUCACCAACAUUACCCUUACUGGUGACCAACUCAAAAUUCCCGGCUUCGCCUACCAAACAGAUAAGUGCAACCCACCCUUUUCCACCAGCGGCAGCCCCCAUCUCUUCCUCCUCGGUCAGCUCUAUUUGCGCAACUUCUACUCUAUCUUUGACUUUGGAGGGUUGAAAGUGGAGGACUACAACGUCCGGAUUGGUUUCGGUAACCUGAAGAAGGAAUGGAGGGGAAUUUAG